AUGUCGAAGCCUGAAGAGACGACGGCCGCUGCGCCGGCCGCCGGUGGAGCUGAGCUCCAGGUACCCGAGGGAGAGAUCGAGUCCAACUGGGAGUCUGUCAUUGACAACUUCGACAACAUGGAACUCACCUCUGAGCUGCUCCGUGGUGUCUACGCCUACGGUUUCGAGCGCCCCUCCGCCAUCCAGGCCCGAGCCGUCGUCCCCAUCAUCAAGGGACACGACGUUAUCGCUCAGGCACAGUCUGGUACCGGAAAGACCGCCACUUUCUCCAUUGCCAUUCUGCAGCGAAUCGACCCUGCCAUCAAGAAUGUCCAGGCCCUCAUCCUCGCCCCCACCCGUGAGCUUGCUCAGCAGAUCCAGAAGGUAGUCAUCGCCCUCGGAGACUACAUGCAGAUCAAGUGCCACGCUUGCAUCGGUGGAACCAACGUCCGUGAGGACAUGGCUCAGCUCCAGGACGGUGUUCAGGUCGUCGUUGGUACCCCCGGCCGAGUCUAUGACAUGAUCAACCGACGUGCCUUCCGAACCGACGCCCUCAAGAUGUUCUGCCUCGACGAGGCCGACGAGAUGCUGUCGCGUGGUUUCAAGGACCAGAUGUACGAGGUCUUCCAGCUCCUGCCCCAGGACACCCAGGUCGUCCUCCUCUCCGCCACCAUGCCUUCUGAUGUCCUCGAGGUCACCAAGAAGUUCAUGCGUGACCCCGUUCGAAUUCUCGUCAAGAGGGACGAGCUGACCCUUGAAGGUAUCAAGCAGUUCUACGUCGCCGUCGAGAAGGAGGACUGGAAGCUGGACACCCUGUGCGACUUGUACGAGACCGUUACCAUCACCCAGGCCGUCAUCUUCUGCAACACUCGCCGCAAGGUCGACUGGCUCACCGACAAGCUCCACGAGAGGGAGUUCACCGUUUCUGCCAUGCAUGGAGACAUGGACCAGCAGCAGCGUGAGGUGAUCAUGAGGGAGUUCCGAUCCGGCUCCUCCCGAGUCCUCAUCACCACCGACCUGCUCGCUCGAGGAAUCGACGUUCAGCAGGUGUCGCUGGUCAUCAACUACGACCUGCCCUCUGACCGUGAGAAGUACAUCCACCGAAUUGGUCGUGGUGGACGAUUCGGCCGAAAGGGUGUUGCCAUCAACUUCGUCACCGAGCCCGAUGUGCGAAUGCUGCGAGACAUUGAGCAGUUCUACUCGACUGUGGUCGAGGAGAUGCCCCUCAACGUCGCUGACCUGAUCUAA